GUCAUGAUGUAGUUCUUGUAGAUACCGCAGGACGGAUGCAGGACAACGAGCCGCUGAUGCGGGCCUUGGCCAAGCUGGUGGCAAUCAACACUCCUGAUCUUGUGCUUUUCGUCGGCGAGGCGCUUGUUGGAAACGACGCCAUCGACCAGGUCACCAAGUUUAACCGGUCGCUCGUCGACUUAUCCGCGGAUCCAAGGAAUCCGCGGGGGAUCGACGGAAUGCUUCUGACGAAGUACGACACCGUCGAUGACAAGGUCGGUGCGGCGCUGUCCAUGGUCUACGUGACAG